AUGCUGGCGUGUAACGAGUUCACGACCCACGUGAUGAACCUGCUCCGGGAACAGUCUCGCACCCGCCCCAUCACCCCCAAGGAGAUCGAGCGUAUGGUGCAGAUCAUCCACAAGAAGUUCUCGUCCAUACAGAUGCAGCUCAAGCAGUCCACCUGCGAGGCCGUCAUGAUCCUGCGCUCGCGGUUCCUCGACGCCAGGCGCAAAAGACGCAACUUUUCCAAACAAGCUACAGAGAUUUUGAACGAGUACUUUUACUCGCACCUAAGUAACCCCUACCCUAGUGAAGAGGCCAAGGAGGAAUUGGCCCGGAAGUCCAAUAUAACAGUGGCUCAGGUCUCCAACUGGUUCGGCAACAAGCGCAUCAGGUAUAAGAAAAACAUCGGCAAGGCUCAAGAGGAAGCCAACCUCUACGCUGCUAAGAAGGCCGCAGGUAUGUGGUUCACCGGUGUUCAGUUGCCCCUCGAGCUUCGGCCGGGGAAGUCAUGGCGAAGCUGUGGGUAGAUUUUUUUUUUUUCU